AAAAUACAAUUUGUCUGAGAUAGAUAAACUUGUCAUGGCUUUAACGCUGUCAGUGGACGUAUAAGAAAUUUAUUAUAAACGCAAUCAACUAUUUUUUGCUCCCUAUGAGAUAAACACUCAGGAUAUUCAAUAAAACUGGAAAUUAUGUAGUGGUUCAGUUUCAUUUCGGUGGGAAAUUUAAUUUGCUAAUAUCGGUUCAUUUGUAUUCAUUAUCUAGCCGCUGUGACAGAUUGGACAUUAGUUAUUUGCUUAAUAUCCUUCCCUUUAAUAAGUGGAAACGAUGAAGAUUUUAAUCAUUUCAAGCGAGCUCGUUUGACUAAUGCACAAUAAGGAAAGUUAAUAACAGAAAAGCUGUAUCAUUUAUAUACAGAGGCAGCUAGUUUAUCAUGCUGAUUUCGGUUUAACAAGUAUCGUAAUUCUUUCGGUUGCUACGAGGAAUAUUACCGUCUGUGCGUGUAACAAGUUAUAAAGUGUACAUGCAAUCGUUGAUAUGUUUCUUAAAAGUGUUUACCUCGCACAUGUUAACAUGAACGUGAACUAACUGUGACGUACAUACGGAUACAGAUGGAAUCGUACAUCCUACUAUUUAAGGGUAAACCUAUGUGAUAAGUGACUCAUAUGACAAGCUUAUUUGACUGUUUGUUGACAUUUUCUUAAAAGUGCCCCAUCCCUACCUGUAUAGGAAGGGCACCGUGUGCACAAGCUGUGAAUAAUAUGUUGAUAUAGAUGGAAUCGCACCUUAAAGGUAUAAAAAGUUACUGGAAUCGUGAUAAGUCAAAGUUCACGUCGUACAAAGUGCAUUUACAAUAAUUUGGUCAUAAACACAACUCGUUAUCAGCGUGACGUACUCAGCGUGACGUAACGAGGGAGUACACGGGGGCCACGUGCGGACGGCCGACGUUGAGGCGGCGAUCGGUUGCUCUGGCAGGAAUAGCAGCUAUGACCCGGGGAACCCGAGAGUCGAGCGGACUCGUCCAAAGCCCUAUGAUGAAUUCCAACAGCCAAUCAGCACACGCAGAUGGCGGAAGUACGGUGCGCUCGUGCGCGGGUUGCGGCGCGCGCAUAUACGAACGCUUCCUGCUGCACGCGGUGGACCGGUAUUGGCACACCGGAUGUCUCAAGUGUUCGUGUUGCCAGUCGACGCUGGGCGACUUCAACUCGUGCUUUGUCAAGUCGGGCAUGAUCUUCUGUCGCAAUGACUACUUCAGGCUAUUCGGAUCGGGCGGGUCGUGUGGAUCAUGCGGGCAGACGAUCAGCGCGGGCGAGCUUGUCAUGAAGGCUGGUCAAGCGGUGUACCACGUGAAAUGCUUCACUUGCGCCACGUGCAGACACCAACUCGUCACAGGCGACAGAUACAGCGUUGUGAACGGCGCCAUUUUGUGUGAGCAGGACUCGACCAAGUGCGCGAAGGAACAGUGAUGUAUGGCACAAGGGCGGCGUGCGCCCUCCAUGAACGAUAGUUGAGGCGAUGUCGUCAUGCGCAUGUGAUAAUCACAGGGAAUAAAUCGACGACGCCCCUUAAUGCGAAUGUCGAGAAUGAGAAUGUCAAACAUUCAAGAUGUAGCCGUGUCAUCAACGGAUAUGUCCUGAGACAUGUUUUUAUUCGAAGCAUAAUUUUAAGUUUAAAAGGUCUCUCUCAUGUUUCGGCACCAAUUUGUUUUAGGUGAUGUAUCUGGAAACACUUAUAGUUGAAUCAUUUUACUCUUGAGACCGAAUUUGCAGAAAUAAAAUACAUUUAAAGUGUAAAAUAAUGUUCUUCUUUUAGUGGGGUGUGAACACUGUCCGGUACAGUCAAGGAAAAACAAGAAAACAAACAACAAAACCUCUCACCCACAAGGACUCAUACACUAACAUAACGAUAACUUAAUAUUUACGCUAGUUACUAACGCUAUUCAAAAUUUUGGACAUCAAAGUUAGACAACAUUUGUGCAUAUAUCAAUACUUGUUGGAGGGUUCCAGCCUUCAGUAUCUUUGUUUUAAUACUUCCAAUGAUUUGCCACACAUUAUUGUGUCAUACAAAAACGUGCGUUUUACAAAAACAUGAGCGAGUACCUUUAAAACGGUAACAUAUAUCCAAGUUAUUAGCGUUCCAAGAAAAUUCGUUAUUCGUUGAUUUUAUAUGGGGUGCAUGUGAUCCUUACCAGGGGCCCACAGUGCUCAGCUACUUUACCAUUUAAUCAUUUUCACAUUUGUAUCGUGUUGGUUUUAUGAUUUUUUUCUUCAUUUUAAGACAAGUAAUGAAUAUUUCUGCAUAUUUCAUCACAUGCUGUACACUGUUUCUUUGUUGUUUCAAUAUGCAUGUUGUACGGUCUACUUAUUGCACAAAAUGUCGAGUUUUAAGGUGACAGAAACAUCAGAAACAUUGGGCCGAUUGUCCAGAACUUUGUUAAAGCUGCACUGUCACAGAUUUACCAUUUUUACAACUUUUUUUAUUUUAUUUUUGUCUUUGAAAGAGCAAUUUUUUUGCGUAAAUAUCUGCAAAUCAAUGAUACAAGAUUGCUGACAAAAGAUCUGAUCGUAGAUUUUUAUAUUUCCGUUCGAAAACUAAUGUUUUACGGUUUAAACCGUUACUAACGGUUUAAGAAAAAAUGCAUAAAACAUCAAUUUUUGAACUUAAAUAUAAAAAUCUGCGAUUUAUUUUUUUGUCAGCAGUCUUUUAUCACUCGUUCCAAGACAAGCAAUUAAAAAGUUGGUAAAACGUUUAAUCUGUGAGAGUGCAGCUUUAAAGUUAAUAACCUGAUUAAUGACAUCGUUGUUUACUUUAAACGGGAAAUAUUUUAAGAUGUGGUUAUGUAUUUAAAUACAAGAAGUACACCUGAAACAGCUGUGUCAGACCUUGUUAGAAAUAUUGCCGAUCAUAAUUGUAACAUUCCCAGAUCGGUAAAGAUUUAAAAUUGAACAACGAUGACUGUAAGAACGCCGUUACCUUAAAAAAGCUCUGAACAAUAAUAUAACUUUUGCAUAGACUUGUAUAGACAAGAUAUUGAAGAGAGUAACUUAUAUUUAGGACUGCUAGAAUAGUGACAUACAAAGAAACGUAAAGUAUAUUUUUACUAAUUUCUGUUGAUUCGAUGGCUCGGAUCAAAGACUACGGCCUAGAAAAAAGUACCAGUGGCCUUUUAUGUAAGCGUCCAAGAGAAAGUGCCACAGGUGGCCUAAGCUCGAGAGGAUGAGUGACGGAAGUUACAAAACUGUAUAGCUUAAAACGUGAAAGGUACACUUUAACAGUUUGCGAAUCUUCCUCCACUCCUGCGUCAAAUGUGUGAGAACACAAGACACAUCUGUUCUGGGAUGGAGAGUCCCUGACAUAGCAUAAUGAGUGUUUAGUGAAACUUUGUCCAACAAAACAACACAAACUUGUUAAUAUUUUUGAAUUGCUUCCUCUUUUUAUUGAAACGAUCCCCUAAGGCCACUCCUUUUUUAUUUUUUGGUUUACAAGAUUUUUUGGAAAAAAUGUCCACUGGGUGGUCGAAAAAAAAAAAAAAAAAAAAAAAAGGAAAAAAGUCACAAAACAUACUCUUAAAGGGUGAAAAUCAGAAAACAACAUAAAAACAGUGAAAAUUUCUUUUAUAUCAUUUACUUGUCAUUUUAAAUUCUUAAACUGCUAUUAAUGCAUGCUUUAAUACACUCAAAGUUUCAAAGAUCUUAUUAAACACACAGUUUAAAUCUAACAUACUGUGCAUAUAAAACAUCAAUGAUAUUGACUAUAAAACAUGUUUACAUGUAUAAACUACACUUUUAAUCAAAGAUACAUUGAAUAUCACUCAGCAAGACAUCUGUUUAGCUUUAAGGGUAUGCUAAAGCAAAAGUGAAUGCAGAACACUUAAAAACUUACCAAUAUUAAAUUGAAAAAAAGAGGAGGCGAAUUUUACGCAUUAAAAUACACAAAAAUUGCACUGUAUUAAAACAAUACAUUACAUUUUCUAAACAUUGUUUAAGUUAUUUUAAUAUUGGAAAAUGUCAAUAAAGUGAAAUAAUUACCAAUUUUGUAAAUAAGGAAGUAACAUUUAUGAAGACAUUUGAGCUUAAAUAUUGUGAAAACAAUUCCUGAAAAACUAAAAGCUUAACAAGACCUAGUUUUAAUAACUCUUACCAUGCGGGUUCCUAGUUGUGUGUAACCCGAUUCAUGCUAAGUCUGGAUAUUUUCGGACCGGGAUACUUACCAUGAGCUGUUCGCCAAAUCCAUUUCAAAUUCUUGCAGCAAAUUACCACAUCAGUACAUAAAAAUCACAUAGCAAAAUAAUAAAUCUAGCAUGUGGCUUAACUUUAUGUACCAAUGAUAGCGAACUGACAGAGAAAUCCAUAAUUAUUUAUCGGAUAUUUUCAUCUUCUCCCAACUCCGCCAUUUUGUGUAUAUAUGCGUUCACAGGGCAUCUAUACUUAAUGCUUGUUUAUUUUUUUUUCAUUUUAAAGAGUAUUCCUUGGUGACUACAACAAAUCUCAUUUAUAGUAAAAUAUCAAGUUCAUUACAAAUUGAAAUGGACUUAUUCAAAAUAGUUUUCCGUGUUGUUUUAUCUAAAUGUUUUGCACACCACUCCCGGCAUGAGUUAAUGUCAUUGACACGUGUGUUCAACUCUUUGUUUGUUUUUUAACCCAAACAUGAAUAAACAUGUAAUCUAGAAUAAACACAAGCUUUACAUUGACCCAAUGACAAGUAUUUUAAAACCAUUAUGUGAUUUAAAAUCCAUAAACACCACCGACCGAACUUGUGAAACUAGGUCACCGGUGUCAACUUAGAAAUUUUACUUUCAAUUUCACCACUCACGUUUUGUGGACUGUUAUUUGAUAUAUAACCAUAAAAUAUUAUAAAAUGUUUUUCUCACACAUAAUUUACAGAUAUUUGUGUCUACUUAUUCGAUGGCAGCCGCUGACACUUUUAUUUUUUAUCUAUAAACAACAAUAUUUUCAUGACCUAAAUUAGCGGGGAAAAAACAACAAUCAUGUGACAGUUAUUGUUUGUGUCGGCUGUUAAAUUUGCAAAUGUUUAUUGCUAUUGUUAUUUUAACAACUCCUUCAUAUUUUAAUUAAUUAUUUUAUACAAAGAAUGACUGCUAUCGUCAAUUCCUCCAUUGCCAACGGCGCUGCCAUAACAGUUGACUUGCUCAUAUGCUAUCACUAUAAAUUGGCGAAUAUGGCUACGGAACAACAAACCAGUCGAGAUCCACUGCAUUCGUACUCUUAUCGAUUCGUUUUUCUUUCGUUUCGCACCAAAACCAAUACGGUCGGGAAAAUAAUUUUGAAAAUAAAAGUGAAAUUCAUUUUUUAUUUUUUUUGUACUUUUCAGAAAAUUAGACCCGCCGGUUUUGUAAACCAAUUUAUAUAAAAGUAGUGGCCUAAUGUUAUUAACUUAUAUACCCAGCUGCCAGAAAUAGGCCAUAACAAAAUUUUCAGUCAAGGACAGCAGGUAAAGAGAUCGGAGACCGAUACCUGACAAAUCAUCAUUCAAUCCUUAAUUAAUAGUUAGAUGACAUGAAAAUAAUUCUUAAUGAUGGGUAGAGUGAGCGAAACGAACGAGCCUUUUCUUAAUCAUUAAGAAUUACUUCAGGUCAUCUAACUGACUAAGAAUACAACCUCAUUGGCUGAUACAUUGUCAAUGCAAUUUCUGAAGCAGGGAGUCUGUACGGAAUGAGGGGUAGUAGGCUGAUAUUUAAACACCCGCAAAAGUUAGAGUUCUGAAUGAUUAAGUCUAGUACUUAAUGAUUGCCUAUCUGCAAUUUCAUUGGCUGAUAAUGUAGGUUGUAUUCUAAUUGACGUUGUAGAAUAUUUGUCCAUGUUGUUGCCCUAGUGGUAUUGUUAACUGUUUUGGAAAUUUGCUUGACCAUUUGUUACCAACACUGUUGUGAUAUGUACAUUUGCAAUAUUUCCAAAAACAGUAAAUAUCUCAACUCGUUACACUAUUUGAUCAUUUUUUCAUGAUUCCUCAAAAGAUUUCUAAGCAAUGGGUGGAUUUUGCAAAUGGUUACACAUGUGAAAAAUACCACUUUUUAACUGCAUCGGUAUUUAACUCAAAACUUGUUAAAGCUAUAAUCAUGAAACUUGGUAUAUGUAUAACGGGUAAUAAAGAUGCACUGCGCUAAUGGAUGCAAUAUACAAGAUAUCAUUGUAAGUGUGCCGCUGCAUUGUUUCUACAUACAAUUAACUCAGAUCAUAUGGCCUAACAGUUAUCUUACCCCGACCCAUCAGGAGGGGGAGUGGAUUUAGGAAGCCUUGAAGUAUCUCCCCCUCCACUCUACUCCCAACCGAGAGCUUCAAACCAUUUAAGUAAACUUUAUUCCUAAUAAAGGAAUACUUAUCAUAGGUAAUAUUAUAUGAACUGUUUUAUAGGCGGGCGUGGGAAUUCCUCCUCAUCCCCGUGGGAAUCCGCCUCCUCCCCGUGAGAAUCCCCCCUCCUCCACACGGGAAUCCCCCUCCCCUCCGUUUCCUCCCACACACAUUCGCAUUGAUACCGCCAAUGCAUGUUAUAGCAUCUGAGAUUGCAAUACAUCUACAUUCAAAAUAACAACUUAUGAUACUAGUUUGUGUCAUUGUACCCGGUGUCAAUAUGUAUUCUGAAUUUAGCGUUUGAUUAUAUGAUUUCCUGUUGUAUCAGUGACUAGUAUCAUUGAACUAAACAUUGCACACUGGAUGUUUGUAUGACUUGAGUUGUUGUUGAUUAAUUAACAUUAUAAAGAUAUUAAAUUUGUG